AUGACCCUCAUCCUUUCAGCUCCCCGACAUAUCCCCACCCCAGCGCUGCCCCACACAUCACGAUACCCGCCACCGACGCUGUCCCACACAUCCCACCCCGGCACCGUCACACCUGACCCCCAUCCUUUCAGCUCCCCGACAUAUCCCCACCCCAGCGCUGCCCCACACAUCACGAUACCCAUCCUUUCAGCUCCCCGACAUAUCCCCACCCCAGCGCUGCCCCACACAUCACGAUACCCAUCCUUUCAGCUCCCCGACACAUCCCCACCCCGGCACCGUCACACCCAUCACGAUACCCAUCCUUUGAGCUCCACGACACAUCCCCACCCCGGCACCGUCACAGCCAUCAUGACACCCAUCCUUUCAGCUCCCCGACACAUCCCCACCCUGGGGCUGUCCCACACAUCCCCACCCCGGCGCCGGUCCACAUGCAGGCCGCCGUGUUCCGUGCGUCCCACAGAGGGCCAUGUGUUCUACAUCAUGCAUGACGCACAUCCUUCAAUCGACGACAGAGGAAACAACACGUUGUUUAAAGUGCCUGCCACGUAG